AUGGCCGCCAACGUCGAGCCUCAGUCGCCAAUUGCUGGGGAAGAAAGACCACCACUACCUCCACGCCCUAGCGAUCUGAACCUCAUGCAAGUAAGACCAUCAACCAGCCAUGGCUCUCGUCCACCCACAAGAGCGGGCCUUACUUCUACGGCCACCACUGCGGUGUCGAUGACCGAUGUGAAUAGUUAUAACCGUCCCGAUGGCUCAAAAGAGGUCCGGAGCGCUCCUUCUCGUGUAUCCUCCACGCCAUCAAUUCGGCCUGCGAUCAGCACUCGGAAUAGCGAAGUAGGCGAGGACAGCUCAAGCAUCAAAAGCUUUGCACCUUUUGGGAGAUAUGUUCAAGAGACGGAAAGCAUUUUCGAUGCAGAUACACAAGAAGAUCAAGGACUUUCGUCAUCGUUCGGCUCGGUGACUCUCUUCGACGAAGACAGCGAAAGUAUCUACGAGAAUGGCGAUGUGGACUUUGAGAAAGAGUUUGACGAGCUGGACGAGAAUAUCGCAGGCGAAGAGGUUGCCCAUACACUCUGGAAAUCCAAGCGCAAACACUUUCUCAUCCUGUCGGCGGCUGGCAAACCCAUCUAUACGCGUCAUGGCUCCGAUGCGAUCAUAUCAAGUUAUGUUGGUAUCAUACAGACUGUCAUCUCCGCAUACAGCGGCAACAACGAUGAGCUUAAAAGUUUCCAGGCAGACAGCACAUUGUUCGUCAUCCUCUCACAGACGAACCUGUUCCUCGUUGGCAUUACGAGUCUUCCAGAAAGCGAAGCACAGGUCCGCGUCCAACUGGAGGCGUUGUAUAUGCAAAUCCUAUCCACGUUGACCCUUCCCACAUUAACCCAUUUGUUUUCGGUACGCCCCUCUACGGAUCUCAGACGGCCAUUGGAAGGUACCGAGGUUCUCCUUUCUUCACUGGCAGACAGCUUCACAAGAGGGUCGCCUUCGACUCUGCUAUCUGCGUUAGAGUGCUUGAAGCUACGGAAAUCCUACCGCAGCGUGAUCAACACUACCAUGAUCAAAGCCCGCGUUGAUGAUCUACUGUAUGGCCUGGUUGUUGCGGGGGGGAGACUGGUAUCCGUGAUCCGGCCUAAAAAGCAUUCAUUACAUCCUAGUGACUUGCAACUCAUCUUCAACAUGCUUUUCGAAGCCGAAGGCAUCAAAGCUGGUGGAGGUGAAUCGUGGGUCCCAAUAUGUCUCCCAGGAUUCAACAAUACCGGCUAUCUUUACAUGUAUGUGAGUUUUCUAGAUAUGGGUGGUAGUCAGGUGCGGGAGCUCGACACCAAUGAGCACAUUGCCAAGGAAGACUCGGUGGCUAUCAUCCUUCUCAGCGCCAACAAGGAGGGCUUUGAAGACCUCCAAAGUAUGAAGAACUACCUCGUGCAAGAAUUCCGUCGAAACAACAGUAUGCAGGUCAUUCAAGCGGCUGUCCAGGCUGGUCGCCCUUCACCAACAGACAUCAUUGCAGGCACCGUUCUUCGUCACUUCCUUUACAAAUCCAAGGGUAAUGUGCAGUUUUUUAUGCCAUCAUUCUCACCCAGUUUCGAGACUCUCAAGCAGCGAAGGCGUUUAAUGUCUUUGUAUCAUCGACUACAUGCGAGUGUUCAUGCAAAGCACGCUGCAGUCAAGGUUCAUCACAGUGUUGGCCAACAUGCAACAGCACUGGCUUGGGUCACUCCGAUGUUCGAGCUGUACUGUGUAGCGGGCCCAUCAACAUCUCGAAACGCUCUUGCCCAGAACGCCAACAAGGUUGUUCAAUGGAUUCAGAAGGAGGAGGAAAGAAUAUUCAUAAUCGGAGGAGCAGUUUUCUGA